GGGAUAGGGAGAAGGUCUCAUCCUGCAGGGUACAGACAGGAAACACUACAAGCAGUUGAAGAUGACGUUUGAGAACGUUCUGGCAGAGGCUGAUGGCUUUGGAUGUUACCAGAUAGUGCUGUUCUUACUGAUGGUGCUCCCACGCAUCACCCUCCCAUUUCAUUUCCUGCUGAAUAACUUCAUCGCCGCCACGCCGCCUCAUCACUGUAACCUCAGCUCUCUGGACUAUCGUGGUGAGUCUCUGAGCCAGGAGCAGAGACUGACUGUCAGCAUUCCAAAGGAGGAAGAUGGAACCUUUACUUCCUGUCACAUGUUCUUACAACCUCAGUUGUAUUUUCUGACGAACUCAUCUAAUGCUACAGAACUUCCUGUGGCUCCGUGUCAGAGUGGAUGGGUGUAUGACUCCAACAAGUCCACUUUGGUCACACAGUUUGAUCUGGUGUGUACCACAAAGGGAUUGACUAAAGCCUCGGCCACCGUCUUCUUCAUCGGAGUCAUGUUCGGGGCCGUGUUUUUCGGUGUUCUUUGUGACAAGUAUGGCCGUAAGACCAUGCUGCUGGUUUCCUACAUCUCGGCCAUCAUCUUCAGCGUGGCCAGUGCCGUGUCAACCAACUUCAUCAUGUUCGCAGCGUUCCGCUUCCUGACGGGAUUCAGCCUGUCUGGAAUCAGCACAGUGGCCAUUGUUCUCACCAUCGAGUGGGUGGACAUUGAGCAUCGCACCAUUAUUGGUGUGGCCAGCAGUGUGGUCUGGUCAGUGGGGAAUUCCCUGCUAGCGGGCAUUGCCUACCUGAUCACUGAUUGGAGGAUAAUGAUACUUACAGUCUCCUCCCCCCUUGUGAUCGCUGUGGCAACCUGGUGGCUGCUCCCUGAGUCGGCUCGCUGGCUGAUUGUGAAAGGAAAGACAGCAGAAGCGUAUAAACACCUGCAGAAAUGUGCAAAUGUUAACAGGAGAUCAGAAUUUACCUCCAAAAUCAAACCUCAGACUCUGUAUGAGAUUAUAUCAGGAGAAAAACAGAGUCAUAAUUAUACUUAUUUAGACCUCCUAAAAACUCCACGUUUGAGGAGGAUCGCCAUCUACACCAGUAUUCUGUGGUACGGUGUGGCCUCCACAUACUAUGGCAUUAGUUUAAACAUUACAGGCUUUGGUCUGGACAUUUACCUUACACACUUCAUCUAUGCCAUCAUCGAGCUACCCGCUAAAUUCAUCAUUUACUUCAGUCUGAAAAAAUUCGGUCGAAGAGUCAACCAAGUAGGAACACAGGUCCUCACAGGAGUGUGUAUCAUCAUCACAAUCAUCACUCCUAAAGAGUUCUGGACAUUUCGCACUGUUAUUACGGUGUUAGGUAAGGGCCUGUCAGAAGCUUCCUUCACCACCAUGAUCCUGUACACCACUGAGCUUUACCCUACAGUGUUACGACAGAACGGUUUGGGUUUUGUUAGUUUCAUUGGUCGGUUGGGAGCGUCCAUCUCUCCUCUUGUCAUGCUGUUGGAGGACUUGUGGCUUCACCUCCCUCAGGUUGUGUUUGGUGUAAUGGCUGUGUUGUCUGGUCUUGUGGCUCUCCUACUUCCUGAAACCAACAAUGCUCGCUUGCCAGAGACCAUUGAGGACAUUGAACAGAUCAGAAAGAGCUCAUUCUGCCUGAACACACAGGAACAGAGUAAAUCUCCACUGAAAUUAGACAUGACUGAAGACACUGUGCAAUAGCACGCACACACACACACACACACACACACACACACA